AUGAGAUUCGACCGAUUGUUGCCAGCUCUAUACUCCUUGUUUACAGCGGCGUCGGCCCAGACUCUGAGUGGUCUGACCUUUGAUAGCCGCGAUGAAGUGAGUCUGCUAUGGGCUUUCGAUGGCCAAACAACGGGAAGUUAUGACUUCUAUCUUUGUGCUGGUGACGAGUCAACGGGGGCAUAUGAGUCUCUAACUCGUGUAAUCACCGACGGUACCUUUGCACCUGGAGACUUCGUGUCCUUCCGAGUUGCCCAGGACGUCGGCGGCAAUGACCCUAAUGCAUACUUCCUCAAGGUCGUCCCUUCAAACUCCAAGGAUCACUGGUCUGGAUUUACCUCGCAUUUCACCUUAAUCAACAUGAAAGGCACAUUUUCCACCACAGUGUCCAACGCAGUCAAAUCAAUCGAAUUCAUUACCCUCCCCAUGAUCCCAGGCGCAGACGCAAACCUUCUCGACGCAUCCAACCUACCCCCAACCCUCAACGGCUCAAUCCUCACCAGCGACAUCAACGAUGAUACGAAGAACUCGCUGCUACAAUUCCCCACGCCGACCAUUCCCACCGAGAUGGACCGACAUGAGCUGCGAAAGCGUUACGUGGAUCAGCACACUGUUCCCUACGGAAUGCAAACGGGCCUAACCAAGUAUGCCCCGAUGCCAAAGCGAGCCGGUACCACUAUUGCAACCAGAUCACCUACACCUCAAUACCCGCCUUUCCCUUUCUCUAUUGCGACUACGUACCUGGGGGCGCCGACGGUUCAAUACACUGAUACGGCGUAUUUGACCUGGACCACGCACAGCAUUGAGAAUACGGCUGCCCCUGCUGCUGCGCCUACGCUGGAUAAGAGAAUGCAGCAAUGGUUGGAGCGUUGGAAGGAUUAA